AGAUUGCCGGAGAAGAAGUAGGCUUCGAAGAAAUGAGUCCAGCCAUGGAAGUGCAUGAAGCAUAGCAGCGAUGAUGAGAUCAAGACAACACUGACAGAGGCCAAAUAAAGUUGGUCAAUGAUGUAUCAAGAAAAGAUGGCCUCAUACCAGAAGGAAAACCGCACUCCAUUGGGCUGCAAGUAUUGCAUGAGAAUGCAAGGAAAGCUGUCGGUUCACCUCCGCAAGGUGUGCAUGAAAACAGCAACUGAAGCUGAAAUCACCCAAGAGGUGGAGGAAGCAAAGAAGAGAAUGCGUAAAGUUGCAGAGUCUUUGAGUAUUGUCUUCUAUGACAGCGUCAAUGACAAGAAGAGUGGAUUUUCCAGUGCACAAGAGUUCUUUGUAGAUUUUUUGGAGCGUCAUGGAUGCAUUGUAGCAGAAAAACCAUCUGAAAAGCAACCAUCUGAUGAAGUUAUUGAACAGGAUCAGAGUAGCUCUGUAACCCUAAGAAGAAAAUUGACUGAGGCUGGUGUCCACAAGAAGCAUGAUGUGAAUUCUCAAAUGUUUCUGAACUUCAGAGAAUACCUGGCAAUUCAGUUCUCAGAGUUGGGCAUAAGGCAAAUGGUAGAAAAUGUUUCCCGCUACUUAUAUUUCAUGAGCCCGGAUGAGAUCUCUUUGGGAUUUCUCAAUGAUCCAGAGAAAACCAAACUAUUUGUGAGCACCCACUUGCGUUUGAAGACGACUAUAAGCACCAUCAAAAAUUAUCUUAACCAUAUCCAGCAGUUCACUAGAUUUGUGAUUUCAGAAAACUUCCAUGAAACCAUUGGGGAGGACACCAAAGAGUCUGCCCAGGCCUUCCUUGCAGAACUGAAGAACAUAAAUGAAGAGAUUAACCAGAAAUUCAACAAAAAGCCACAAAAAAUCGACAGACAUCUAAACCCUAUGGAUUGCCGCAGAGUACUAGCAGCAGCAAAGCCCCAUGUGGUAAACAUGUUCUCUCGGUCAGUCGGAGAUUGUGGACUAGAUGACAAAGAUAAGACCAUCACAUGCUACUACCUUGAAGCUUUGCUGAUUCUUAAUCAUCUUCGCAAACCAUCUGUGGUCCAAAACCUGAUGGUUAAAGAUUGGCUGGAGAGGAAAUAUACCACCUAUUUUGAUGGAAGCACCAAAAAGAGGGUCUGCAUUGUGAAAACACAAGGGACUGCUAUUGCGCUUACGGAUGAAGAGGAGCUGCUGUUCAGCAUAUACUUUAAAGAUAUCCGACCAACCCAACUGGCAAAGGAAUCAAAGACAGUGGAGUUCUUUGUGUCGUGCAAAGGAAAACGAGUCACAAAUCCCUGCAAUGACUUAAAGAGACUCCAUGAGAAGUUUAAGAUGCCUGUAGUAUCUGGAAAAGAGGCAUUAGAGGCAUUUGAUCAGUGGGCUGAUGACAAUCUAUGCCAGGAAGAUAGAGACACUGUUAAUAAUUAUAUCCACCUGGACAUCAGCCGACUCGGAUUCAGUAAAAAUGCAGUUAUCCAGGGUAUGCAUAUUCUCACCACAUUGAGUGGUGGAAAUGAAACUGAGAGCAGUGGACCGUCUCAUAAAAAGAGGAGGAGAGAAGGAGAAGAAGAAGAAUCAGAAGAAGAUCAAGAAGAAGCAGAAGAGGAAGGAGGAGCGGAAAGCACUGCAAGCAUUGAAGACCUUGUAGACCUUAAAGAGGAGAGCUUCAAAAGAUUACUUCAAAUAUAUCCUUUAGGCCUCAACCAGUCCCCUCCAUCCUUAAGUGUAUGUAGGCAGGCCAGCCAACCUAAUGCACAAUACUGCCUGGAUAAAUGGAGACGAACACAAUAUACAGAUCGUAUCAAGGAUGUUGUUGAUCAUUUCAGGAAUCUUCCCAGCAAAGAACAAGUGAAGGCUUAUAUGGAACAUCAGGCCUGGGACACCAAUGUGCCAAGAACAUUUGACAUUCUGCAGGCCUGGAGACCUCAAGAACCGAGAAGAAAAGAGGACACUAUGGAACAUGUUAAAGCUUUAAUAGACUCCCAGGAGUGGCCAGGACUUGUUGCAGUGGAGGAUAAAAAAACAGGUGGUCACUCCCUUAAAACCAGUCGGGUUUUUCAGAAAGGAGAGAUUGUAUGUGACUAUCACGGAGUCUUAAUGGACGGCAAGGAGGCUGAGGAGCUGCAAAAAACAUUGACUGAUGAGAAAUGUUAUAGCUUCUUCUUCCAGGACAAAGGGAAGAAGAUGUGCAUAAAUGCAACAAAUAUACCUUGCCUGUGCCACCAAGACAUGUUGUCGACUUUUGGGAGGCUGAUUAAUCAUUCAUGCAAAAGAGCAAAUCUAAAACCUGUGGUGAAACAUAUUAAGGACGGAAAACAGCCAGUUAUUCUCUUUGAGGCCAAGAGAAACCUGCCACCUGGCACAGAACUGUUAUUUGACUAUGGUGUCCGUAAAAACUCAUUUGGUGAAGGAAAAGAUCUAAGUUGGCUUGAAACUUGACCUCAUGCUACUUUAUUUAUUGUAUGUUUGAAUUUAUUGUUAUAAUAAAUAAUGCUAUGAUUUGUCAAAGUGUAAUAUUAAGAUAAUUGGGGAGAUUUACCAAUCAGCCUUAAACCCUACAUGUCCUUUUUCUCACAGCAAACAAUCACAGCUCAACUUCUAUAUUUUAACAAAG